UCUGCCUUCUUCAUUGUCACAUUUCUCCACUCUUCUUUCUUCCCUCUCCAAUUCCUCAACUCUCUCACUGAGAAAACCCAGACACAGCAGCCUUGAAAAUGGCAUCUAACCUGCUCGUAGGUUCAUCCUUUGACGUUGACAAGCUCACCUUCGAGAUCUUCUCCAUCCUCGAAAACAAAUUCCUCUUCGGCGAAACCAAGCUCUCCAAGCUCUCUCCUCAGAAUAGCAGAAUCAGAAUCCUCUCCAUCGAUGGCGGUGGCGCCACCAACGGCAUUCUCGCGGCCAAGUCACUCGCGCAUCUAGAAUCUUCCCUCCGCCGAAAAUCUGGCAAUCCUAACGCUUAUAUCUCUGAUUACUUCGAUAUUGUCGCCGGUUCCGGUGCUGGUGGUCUACUCGCAGCCCUUCUUUUCACUCGUGGAAAAGAUGGCCUUCCUUUGUUCACUGCAGAUUCCGCCCUUCGUUUUGUCAAUGACCAUCAGAAGAAACUCUCCAGCUCUCGCUCCGUCCUCCGCCGGUUUUCCCGGCGAGGGAAGCAUUUGGAGAAGCUGUUGCGCUCUACUUUUGGAGAGUCUACUCUGAGAGACACUGUUAAGUCCGUUUUGAUCCCUUGUUAUGACCUUUCCUCACGUGCGCCUUUCGUUUUCUCACGUGCUGACGCUGUAGAGGCUGAUGGUUUCGAUUUUAAGAUUAGCGACGUUUGUCUUGCUACUUGUGCCGUUCAUGGAGCUGUGGAAAUGCGGUCUGUGGACAGAAAAACUAACAUCUUGGGCGUUGAUGGCGGGAUCGCUAUGAAUAAUCCUACGGCUGCUGCUAUCACCCACGUUUUAAAUAAUAAACAGGAAUUUCCUUUAUGCAAUGGCGUCGAGGAUCUGCUCGUCCUUUCCCUUGGCGGCGGGGAAUCCGAUUUUCGUAUCCAAAAUCUUCAUUCCUCACCGUCACGGUUUGUUAGGAUCGCCGGAGAAGGAGCUUCCGAUACGGUUGAUCAAGCUGUAUCAAUGGCAUUUGGUCAGUGUCGGACAAGCAAUUAUGUUCGCAUUCAGGCAAAUGGUAUAAUAGCAAAGAAGCAAGGCAGAGUGAUGGAAAAACAAAUAAAAUCCCAGAAGAAGGGAGAGAUUGUAGCGGCAAUAGAAGAGAUGUUGGAGCAGAAAAAUGUAGAAUCAGUGCUGUUUAAAGGGAAGAGAAUAGUCGAAAGCACAAAUUUAGAGAAAAUAGAAUCAUUUGGUGGGGAGCUAAUGAAGGAGGAAGAGAGGAGAAAGACGAGCAUUUUACCAACUGUGGUACUGAAGCAAGCAUCACCGUCCCCAAGAACAUCAUCAGCUACUACUCUAUCAACCUCUUCUUCAUAUUAAAAUUAGAUAUUCCUUUCUUUUUUAUCAAAUUGGUUAAGGUUCUUAAAAAUUUAUUUUUUAUCAGUAGAGAAUUUUUAUUUUUUUAUAAAAGAAAAGAAAAAAGAAGGAAAAUUGUGUGCUUUCGCUGCCGCUCGCGAUGAAAUAAUGGCAUCCGAGACAGAGCUGAGCUGUUGAGUGCAACCCUAAUAUUAUUAUUAUUAUUAUUUUCUUCUUCUGCUUCUUGUGUUUUUCUUUUUUUGGUGAGGAUUGGAAGCCAUAUAAUAGUUUGUAUGUAUAAAUGUAUAGUGUGAUAUAGUGAUGCUGGUGUAUAAGGAAUUAUGGACUUUUUAAUGCAAAGUUAGAGAUAUCAAUCUA